CUUUAUCAUAUUUGUUAUACGGAGCACGAAGUUCUACUGCCUGUGAUCUUCCAGCGGCCGUUCGGGGCUUUCAAACGAGCGACGAUCGGGAAACCGCGGAUAGGCCGAACAUGUCAACGUUCCACAGCACGCGUCAAACUUGAUUCGCAACAACGACGUAACCACCUUUUCCUUGUCGGCACGCGUCGAAUACCUGCGCGCACAUCUUUCGACAACCGCUUAUUCAGUAUAGCGGACGACUUCACUGCACGCAUCCUCACCACCUAAGCAAUCCAACCCUUCCCCGUCAGCUCCGCAGCGGUCCGGCAGCUGCGCACACGGUGCAUAUUGCGCCAGCACCUGCAGCAGCUCUACCCAAAAUGUCGUCGCAGUACCAAAUUCCAAACACGCCCCGCGUGAUCUCACCUUCACCGACACCCUCCGAGACCAGCGGGAAAGAGGGCUACUUUCCCCCAACGACGCGGUCAAAGGGCAAGCGUGCGAGCGCGUCAGUGGAGCCUAUCGAGGAGCACGCGACCGAUAAGCACAAUGAGCUCGGCGUUCAUGAGGAAACAGAUCCCGACUUGAUGCGCGCCAGGAGCAGAAGUCGCAGUCCGCAGAUCAGACGAGAGUCGUUAAGAAUGACAGCGAAUGCGAAUGGAACUACGACUGGAGCGAAGACAGCUCUGCCGCCCAAUUCCGUGAAGACGAGACGGAAAUUAGACGAGAAAGCACUCACGAAUGGGUCUGCGAAAGAGCCUGCACAACAGAAUGGACUGCUUUCGCCGGCAAGCGCAGUUCCACAAGGCUUUGGAUCAGCAUAUUGGCGAAACUUGUCCCGAAGUCCCAGCCCAUUUGGCCUAAUCCCCAUACAUCGCGAAUGGCGUGCAUUCGUUCACAAGCAUGAAAUACCACGCAAGGUGCUGCAUGUCAGUAUUGGGUUCUUGACGCUCUUCUUAUACUACCAAGGCGCCCAAACGAGCUCAAUACAUCCUCUUCUUCUCGGCCUGGGGAUACCGAUAUUCUCGGUCGAUUUGAUUCGUUUUCGAUGGCCGGAGUUCAACAGGAUAUACAUACGAUGUCUGGGCGCAUUCAUGAGAGAAAGUGAGGCGCACGAUCGAUACAACGGAGUCAUUAGCUACAUCGCAGGCUUGUGGGUAGCUAUGUACUUUUGCAGGAAAGAUGUGGCUGUCAUGAGCGUUCUGCUUCUCAGCUGGUGCGACACGGCCGCGAGCACGUUCGGAAGACUCUGGGGAAAGUAUACACCUAGGAUAAGGCGGGGAAAGAGUUUGGCUGGAUCUCUCGCGGCCUUUGUGAUCGGAGUGGCCAGUGCGUUGUUGUUCUGGGGUCUCAUUGCCUCGAAUACGCCGGAAGAAUACAACCAGGGUGUGAAUAGCUUCGCGUUCCAAGGCGUUCUCACUCUACCUGCUCCAGCGAGAGAGUACCUGGGACUGAGUCCGAAGCAGGCCACGAUCGCUGGUCCUUUGGCACUAGGCGUCAUGUCCGUGGUUUCUGGUUUGAUCGCCAGUAUCAGCGAGGCCAUCGACUUGUGGGGCUUGGACGACAACCUGACGAUACCUAUGUUAUGUUCGGUCGGCCUGGGUGCCUUCUUAUGGGCUUGCGGGAGCAGCUGAUAAUUGUUGAUAGUAAUAAUGCACAUAUCACGACUCUUGUUACGACCAAAACUCUUUCAUGUAUCCGGUCCGAGCAUGCGCGCGUAGCGCCGAGAAUUCUAUACGGAAUGUUAUCUACCUUGUCCAACAAGCAACCAUGUAUGCGGAGUGCCUCGACUGGCGGCGAAGCGGACUACUGGCGGCCGUUUGACGAUGAUCGCCCAGCAGUUUGAUUCGCAUUAUUACCGCCAGCACACUGCGCCUGCAGUGGAUGGGCUUCCGUAUUGAACACCCACGCUGACAGAUCCACAACGCUCCCAUCGACAAAGG